AUUUUCAGCCACUGACACAUCAGUGACUCUCUCCGGAAAGUCCAUCACAUUACAGCCGAGAGGACCUAGCACAUUUUAGGGGAAGACCAGCUGUGAAUAAAGGAGAGAUUUGAACGAAUUUUUCCCCUUGCUGCUCGCCCCAGAUGUCCGCGGGAUAGCGAGCUCUUUGGGGAGUUGAAAUCCAGGAUGAAGGUCCCCCUUCCUGAAGGAGCGCUGAGUCCACUCCUCGACGUAUUUUCAACGUUUGAGCAAGGACUAUGACGGUCAGGUAUUUGUCGCAUCUUGGACACAGCACAGCAACACUUCACUGCCUGCUUGCAUUCCGCCUUGCCUGAGAAGUUGGACUGUCAAGUCAACGGACUCUGAAGACUCGCCGUAUUUGUUUUAUCCUUAGUUAUUCUUUUCAUCCGCAGUGUCGGCUUCAUUUUCCGUUUGAGAGCUUUAGUUGACGGCCCUGUUUGGCCUAGUGCUUACUUUUCAUGGGUUCUUUUGCGUUUCUUUAUUUUGUGGCUGCCUGUUAGGAGACAAAUCCCAAGGUUUUAUAAUACGAGGGGUGAUUGAUAAGCUCCUGGCCUAUAAGUUCGAGUCAAUUUUAGAAAACCUAGCACAUUUAUUUUGCAACAUAGUCCCCUCCUACAUGUACACAUUUAGUCCAGCGGUCGUGGAGCAUACGGAUCUUGGACCGCCAGAGAGUGUCCGCAGAUGGGUGAUUGAUAAGUUUGUGGCCUAAGGUAGAAGGAGACGACUUAUACAGCUUUCGUCACAUGCAAGUGUAGUUCAAUUCUUUGAGUGACUAUGCAGAACGUUUGAAGUUAAUAAUUCAUCUCCCAUAACAGUGUCCUGUCUCUUAGUAUCUGACUUACCAAGUUACUAUACUUUGCAUUGGCCAAGUUAAUUUCCAUCUGCCAUUUCUUUGCCCAUUUGCAACUGAUCUAUAUCCCGUUGUACUCUUUGUCUUGGUAUCCUCUGGGAUUGUCCUGGGAGCUGGCGUGGGUUCAACGAGCCAGAUACCCUCCUUAAGAAUGGCACAUUGGUCCUAGCAGCAGCGUGGUCAACGAUGACAGCACAAAUCCCCAGGUUCUCUGGGGAUUUUGUGUGGGCAGACAACAUGUUCUCAGUGCAAGUUUAAAAUCUCCCCAAAUUUCUUUGGGCUUCAAGGGGAAAUUAAUUGACGAAUGUCCUGACAAUGUCUACUUCCUAUUAAUCGAACAGCUGGAGACCAGGGUCGGUUGCUGUAUGUGAGACCUGGAAAACCAUCGGCUUUGCGUUCUGAAAGAUCUAAAGAAAAAACACCUCAUUUCUCACAAACUCACCACAGGAUGUUUUUCCCCACCUAGUUCUGGAGCUGCUGAUGCUCACUGUCUACUGUCAUUUCAAUAAAGAUCAGACAAGGGUCAAGUUGUAAUGGGUAUUGAACAUCAAAGGGCAACACAGGAUGAUGAACCUGCCCCUGCUUAUCUGACAAACACACACACACACACAUACACACACACACAGGCACACACACACACACACGCACACACACAUACACACUAAGACACACAUGCACACUCACACACGCACACAUACACACACACACUAAGACACACAUGCACACUCACAAUCACUCACACACACUAACACUCAUUCACACACACACUAACACACACACGCACACACACAUACACACUAAGACACACAUGCACACUCACAAUCAAACACUCACACACACUAACACUCAUUCACACACACAUGCACACACAUACACUCUAACACACACAUGCACACUCACAAACACUCGAACACACACACUAACACUCACACACAGAUAUAGAUACAGUCACAUGCAAACGAUUCUCUCUCUCACACACACACACACACACACACACAAUUACAGAGACUCAGUUACAUCCACAUCUCUACACAGUCACACCGAUAAACACACAGUCUCUCUAUUUUUCUCUCUCCCUCUGUAUCUCUCUCUCCCCCUCUCUUUUCCACACAUAUGCAGUACAUACCUCACACACCUAUAAAUAUGCACACUGUCACACAUACAGGUAUAUACAGCCACAGGGACACACCUACACACCCACCCACACACACACACAGAUUCAUGCAGACACACUCAAACACAGAGAUUCAUACAGUCACAGACACACUCGCACACAGAGAUACACACAGUCACACCGUCAGACACACUCACACACAGAGAUACACACAGUCACACUGUCAGUCACACUCACACACAGAGAUACACACAGUCACACCAUCAGACACACUCACACACAGAGAUACACACAGUCACACCAUCAGACACACUCACACACAGAGAUACACACAGUCACACCGUCAGUCACACACACUCACACACAGAGAUAGUUUCAGGGAUGGGAAGGACAGAUUGAAAAGCAGCACUGUGAAACCGCACUGAAAAGUUCUCCCCCCCUGAUGUUUACAAGCCUGCUUCUCACACUUCCUAAACUUAUUGCUAUUAUAUUGCCUUCCGUGACACUACAAUUAAAUUGAAGUUGUAGGGGUUUUUUUCGCCCACGUUAGCUAUUUUUCAGCCUGCACUACAUGAGAUUGCGUCAUGUGGGUUUACAGAGCCCUCCAAGUACACGUUUCCUGCAAUGAACGCUUUCACAUUGCGUGACAGAGUUUCAGCUCAUUGCGGAGAGACUGCUCACUUCGAGCACAUGGGCAGGAGCAGCCGGGGAGCCUGUGCGCUGACGAGAGAAAAGAAAUCAUAGUAAAACUCUGGACACCAACCUGCAUCUUCAAAAAAGGGGAGAGUCCUUCUUCGUCUUUCUGAACUCCGUCAAGUACAGGCUCGGAAACAUCAAAUGUUGACCAUUUGUUAAGCCUCUCGUACCUGGGAUCAGUCUUACGAACCUCCUCUGACCCCUCGCCAGCACCCACACAUUUAAUACAAACCGGCUUCGCGAUGAACUCCACAGUAAGUCCAGGGACGGAUGGGAAUGAGUCCGUCGGUCCUGACGUCCCCUGCAAUCAGACCAUGUGUGGAAUUCAGCUUGGGGUAUACGGUGUAGCAUUAGCGGUAAUGUACAGCGUCACCUUCAUUGUGAGCCUGACCAUGAACUGCCUGACUCUGUGGCCAAUCAUCUUACAAGUGAAGCAGAAGAACACUCUCGGAAUUUACCUUUUAAGCCUCAACAUAUCCGAUCUCCUCUAUGCUUUGACUAUCCCCCUCUGGAUCAUCUACUAUUAUAAUGGCCACCGGUGGAACUUUGGGUGGAUCACUUGCCACUUCUCAGGGUUCAUCUUCUACUCCAAUGUCUACAUCAGCAUCCUGCUUCUCUGUUGCAUCUCCAUGGACCGCUACCUCGCCGUCAUCUAUCCGAUGAGAUCCCAGAACUUCCGCCGGCCCAGCGUGGCUAUAAAGAUCAGCCUCCUUGUAUUCCUGUCUGUCUUUGUCAUUCAUCUCUUCAUCCUCUUCGGGACAUUCCUCGACACCAAGCCCGACAUGGCCAACCUGACCUGCUUCGAGCACAUCCCGCUCGUCAAGACGGUGGCCAUCGCGAACUACGGCCGGGUUUUCAUUGGGUUCCUGCUCCCGCUUCUGCUUAUGAUAUUCUGUUACCAGCGGAUCUUCAGGGGAAUCAGGAAGAGCUCGACUCUUCAGGGAAAGCAAAAGGCCAAAGUGAAGCAGCUCUCGAUAUCGGUCAUCAUCAUUUUCCUCGUGUGCUUUGGCCCCUAUCAUCUCAUUCUCCUGUUCAGGACAAUUAACUUCUCUCUGAUGGAAUGCACUUGUCACUUUGAACAGCAAAUUCUUUUCUACUUUAGCAUUUCCUUGGCCAUCUCCAGCUUCAACAGUGCGUUGGACCCGAUCCUUUAUGUACUGGUCAGUGACAACGCCAAAAGGGACCUCAAGAGGUCAUUUGCCUCUAUUGGAUAUGGAAAUCUCAGAAAGAAAUCUCAAAGCACGUCUCCAACUUUGUUCAGUAGGGUCACGGUUUGACCUGACCGUGGCCACAACGAGACUAGCAUGGUGGCCCAGUGGGUAGAGUCGUUGUCACACAGCUGCAGAGGCCCAGGAUCAAAACAACCCCCAGCACUCUGCACAUGAAGCUUCCGCAUUUGCCCAGUGACUACACGGGCUUCCUGUGUCAUCCCAAAGACAUGUGGGCUGAGGGGGAGGGGUAAACAGCCACUGUAAAUUAGAGUGAUGCUGGGGUUGAUCCAGUCUGUGGGUGAGGUGUAGAAUGGAAAGGGGGCUUUUAAUGAAGGUAGAAUAUUCCAGCAUAGCACAGACAUGAUUUCUUGAAAAAGUUCUCAGCUGCUUCCUUCCGGACGGCGUGUCGUUUUCCUCUGCUGGCUAUUUAUAAGUAGUAACUAGUUAUGUGAAGGGAGCACUUUGUUCUGUGGUUGUAAUGAAGCAAAAGCUAUUCCCAUUUUCCCAGCAGCAAUUUUGGAGAGGGAGAGGGAGAGGGAGAGGGUCAGAGGGAGAGGGAGGGAGGGAGAGAGAGAGAGAGGGAAUAAGGGAGAGAGAGAGGGAAUGAGGGAGAAGGAAUGAGGGAAUUGGAGAGAGAGCGGGGGAAUGAGGGAGGGAGGGGGAGAGAGAGAGAAAUGAGGGAGGGAGAGGGAAUGAGGGAAUGGGAGGGGGGGAAUGAGGGAGGGAGGGGGAGAGAGAGAGAAAUAAGGGAGGGAGAGGGAAUGAGGGGGAGAGAGAGGGAAUAAGGGACAUGCAGGCUUGUAUGAAUGAAGGUCCUGAAGCUACACUGAGAGAUAGCCAAGGUACAGAGAUGUCCGGCCAUGACUUAGGGCUCCCACUCAUUCUCAAAAUAUUCAGCUCUCUCUGCUGCAGUCAGGCAAAAUCUCUACAACUGAUAUGAGUUUAGGGUCUAUUAAAGAAAAUACCGAUGGUACCCUGCAUUGUACAGUAUAUGUAAGAGUGCAUUGAAUAGUUUUACCAAAAUCAGACCAAACUCAUCUCAGACAUGUAACUGGAAAAUGCUGCUCAGCAAAUUACACGGCUAAUGAAACUAGUUUUAGGUUUACAGAUCAAUGUUUGCAUUGUAACUUGGAAUUACUUGAAAUACAAUGAAUUUUAAAAUGUU